AUAGACAUUUUAUGUCGUAGCAAUGUUGGUGCCACUACAGCCCAUGAUGCUGCAGCUUCCGGCAGCUUUAACACUUUAAAAUGGUUGAUCCAGAAUACUUCAUAUCCAGUUGACAAUCAAGAUGGUACAGGAGCUUCUGUAGUCCAUCUUGCUGCACGUUUUACACAUUUUGAAAUGCUAGAAUGGCUGCUUGAUAACUCGAACUGUGAUAUUUUAUUGAAAUCAGCCAGUGGAGCCAUUCCGUUACAUUUUGCUGUAGUUGGGGGAGGUUUGGAUUGUACAGUUCAAGUAUUAUUAAAUAAUGGCUGUGACAAGAAUCUUGAAGAUAACCAAGGUUUAACUGCUCUUGAUUUAGCUAUCAAGUGUCACAAG